AUGGCCGCCCCCUUGCAGGCUCCGCGAAUCCUGGCUCCAGCUGCUGGCAAGGACAUUCAGUCACAGGGACAUGGGAGCAGCCACGUGGCUGUGGAGAUAGAGGUGGCCACAGCUGGUCACCGCCACACAGUGAUUUCCAUCCAUCCGGGAGCUGAAAGAGGCGGGCGUUCCCCCGAGAGCCUCGGGGGACAGCAGGCUGUGGCCCUGGAUUGCGGCCUGCAGCCGCCGCCAGAGCCACGUCGGUACAUCUCUGUGGUGCCAGGAGCACCCGGCUCGGCAUGCAGGGCCCAGCCCUGGAAUCUCAAGAGGGCUCUCGCCUGUCCAAACAUCCUCUCCCGCUGCUGUGACGGCUCUCCACGUGGAGAGGGCGGAGGGCCAGCCCAGGAACUUCCGCGGAGAGGAGAAGUGCGGGCAGAGGCUGGGGCCCCGGGUCCUGGCGUCCGGGCAGGUGCCUCAGUUAGCCUCCUGCUCCGGCAGCAGGGACCCCAAGUUGAGAUUCCCACUGUUUUCUGCUCAGCUAAAGCCUCAGCCACGGCCAUUAGGAGAGCCGCCCUUGGGGCACCAGCCACACCCCGUGGGAAGCUGCUUUGGCGACUGGCUGCAGAGCCGGGGGCACCUGUGCGGGGUCAUCUCAGAAGCAGGACAGACUGGUUCUCAGAUGGUCCCAAACACCGGCAUGUAAGGACCACCUGGGGUCAAGAGACACGAGUCUACCUGGGAAGCAGCAAGGCGUCAUCAGCGACCGUGUUGCCAGCUGCUGCAGCGCACCAGCUGCAGGCGGCACCCCAGGUCCCAGGGCUCUGUGGCCUGGCAAGAGGCCACGGUGUGGACGAGGCUGAGGACCAGGCAGGGAGGCCUGCUUCCUGUCCGAGACCCCCUGGCGGGACUGGCCCAGACUCCCGUGAGUGGGGAAGAGGACCGCGCUAGGCCAGGGACUCUGGACGGCUCUCCAGGCCUCUGGCCCACACUGGGGCCACCUCCUCCCCAGAGGAGUCCCAACUUUGUGGACUGCAGGGUGGCCCCUGCCUCGGAGGCGCUCCCUCGUCGCUCCUGGGACGCUGGCCUUCGGGGACGCCGGGAGCUCCCGUGCCAAGAGGGACCCAGCCCCCUUCCUGCCUGCCCGGGGUCCCCAGAGCCGCCACAGGAACGCAGGAGUUUGAAUUCACCUUCACGAGUUUGCAAGUGGCCUUGACCCCAGCCCCUGGGGGUGGGCACAGGGACGCCCGUCCCCACCCUGAGCAUCCGAUGCGGGCGCUGGGGGCUGAGCGGUUCCCAGUGCCGGAGGCUAUUCUUAACCAGCGGCUGCGCCCAGGGCUAAAAAUACGCCCGCAGGCCUGUGGGAAAGCUGCCCGCGCUAUUUCCGCUGCUUUGUGCUCGGGCUGGGACCCCUGGGUGCUGCCAGGGUGGGGAGGGCCGCCCCCUGUGCUGCUGAGCCCUCGGCUGCACUGGGCCACCCGCAGCCUCUGCUGCUGUCCCGGGAGGCGGAGGAGCCCAGAGUCCCAGCUCCUUCACUUUGGUUUCGGGGAAACUGACUCAAGAGGGAAGCGAGUCCCUGAGGCCAGAGCGGGGACUGAGAGGGGAGGCCCGGCGCCCUCUCCCUGGGAGGCCCUCACCCGGGUGGUUCCGAGCGACUUCCCAGACCACGGACAUGUAGGUCCCCCGAGCCUUGUCCCCCCAGUCAGUGGACAUGGCAAUGUGGGCCCCUUGCUCUGUCACGUGGAUGCGAAGUCCACAGCCCAGGAACCUGAGGCUCAGCUCUAGGUGGCCACUAUGAGGGGCCAGGCCACUGCCCAGCGGUCAGUGUGGGGACCUCCUAUGGCCCCUCUCUGCCUGCAAGGCCCGCUCAGGGUCCCUGCGCCUGCCGGUGUCGGGUGGGCCUCGUGCUCUCGGGUGGGAGGGCCCUGCCCGUGGAGGUGGCCUGCCACGGCGGCCCCUGUGGCCAGCAGCCGUGAGCCAUCUCCACCAAGGAAGAGCCCUGGCAGGUGAGCGUGCCCAUCUUCCGGACGGGCGGCACCACGUGCCCCGUGCCCCACCUGCCCCGAAGCUUCCCGAGCCGGCUGAGGGGCCCUGCCCACCAUGCCCCAGCACCAGA